AUGGCGGCGGCGGAGCUGCAGGAGCUGCGGGCGCUGGUGGAGCGGGCGGGCGGGCGGCGGGCCGUGCUGCUGGUGGCUGAGGUGUCGGAGGGGGCCCCGGCGGCGGCCACGCUGGCCGCCUUCGCCCGCGACCUCCUGGGCGACGAAGCGCCGCCGGGGCCGGUGCCGGGGGGCCGGUCCCGGCGCUGGGUUGGCGGCGAGCGCCGGGCGCUGGGAGCGCGGCUGCUGCUGGUGCUGUGCCGCGGCGGGGCGGCGCGGGGCCGCGGGGCCCGGGCCCGCCUGCGAGAGGUGGUGCGGGACGUGCGCGGCCGCCUGCCCCCGGCACCGCCGCCCGCCGUGGUCGGCGUCCUCCUGCCCGGCGGGGACGGGGAGGACGCGGCGGUGCUGGACGCCACGCUGCGGCGGCAGUUCCCGGUGCCCGGCACGGUGCAGGCGGCCCGGUACAGCCCCGGCAGCCCCGCCGCCCUGCGCGACUGCCGCGCCGCCGCCUGCCGCGCCCUGCGGGCCGCCCUGCAGCACCCCGCAGAAGAGGGGAAAGACAGGGAGAGGUGGAGGCUCCCAUCCUUCCUGCGGUGCAUUUCUUGGAGCCGGAGGAGCCGGAGAAAAGGUCACGAAGCCAAAGCUGCAAACAAUGUUCAUGAAGGUGACCUGCAGGACCCUGAGGAAGAACUGGCUCUGACCAGCCUGUCCCCCAAUGGAAACUACGAAGAAGCUGCUGGAGACACGGGCACCUAGAGCUGCUGGGCACCCAGCACAGUCCACGUCCUGGAUCUGCCCAGUGGAUUUGGAGCAGUGGGAGGAGGAGCUGGUGCAUGCCCACUCACCCUUUCC